AUGGCGAGCCAAAGGAUACCUGAAUACAAGACUUUUAGUAAUCAGCAUAAAUUGCCAAAACUUCCAGUUCCAAGUUUGGAAGAGACAAUUGCAAAAUACUUGAAGUCCCUUCGCCCUUUACUUUCCGACGCUGACUUUGCUCGUAAUGAGUCUUAUGCCAAGGAUUUUCUCAGGCCUAAUGGUUUAGGUCAACUUUUACAACAAAGACUAUUGGACGUUGAUAGAAUUGCGCCUCAUAAUUGGCUUGAUGAUACCUGGUGGAUUAAAAAAGCGUAUCUUGAAUGGAGGGUUUCUGUGGCUGUUAAUUCAAAUUGGUAUUUCUUGUUCAUUGACGACGCAAACACACCACGUGAAUACUUUACAGCAAAUAAUGGCAUUCGUUCAAGGGGAAAUUUUUCUGAAUUUCAAAUUAAAAGAUCGGCGCAUCUCAUUAGUAAAAUGUUGGAGUAUAAGGAUUUGUUAGACAGUGAACGGAUUCCACCUGAUGUUACACGCGCUUAUCCCUUGU